CCAUGGAUCUAGAGGAUAAUCUGGAAUCACUCUCACUCGAAAACAGGGAAGAAUCCCAAAGUGGAAAGUUAUGGAGAUUAAAGGUAGCUUCGAAUGUGUUCUUCGUUUACCAAGACGAAGAUGGGUUCGGAAAUGCCAUUGCCCGUGCUCUCAAUCCUACUCCUCACCCUUACAGUAAAGUCUUCGAGGUAUUGAAUUUGGAUUUCGGGGAUGUAAAAUUGAAUGGCUCUGUUACUCAAUUGAGAGAUAAAGACGAUUUGAAGGCAACAAUGGUAAUGUUAGAUCAUUUGGAGCCACCAGUACUGCCUCAUGUUAUAUAUUCAGUGCUGACUAAAAUUGCAGAUGCUGAGCACAUGUCAUCUGCUGUGCCCACUAUUAUAGCCCCUUUUCUUGUACCGGCGUCAAAGCUUAAGGUGGAAGGUAGAUUGUUGACAAUGAAUAGUGGCAAAGUUCCUCUUUAUGGUAUCCAAGUAGGUCCUGAGACUAAUGUAAGUCGAGUCAUUGCUUCCAAAACUCAGAAGCCACCUCCAUCUUUGCAAAUUCAUUACGAGCCUGUAGCCUGCUUUCUUCACCUGGUCCGUGCUGCAAACUUGCCAACUUCUAUUAUAGUCGGCCAAAGAAGCCAAAGCCCAUUUAAUAAAGCUUUAACUGAGGACAUACAGACCCUCUGUGAGAUUGGUGAGCUUGCAGCAAGUGCCACUGGGAUGUACUUCCAGGGAGAAGAAACCAAAACUAAUUGGAUUCCAACAGCGAAGGCAGCAAGCGGUGGUGGUGGAGAGCCAUGGCGCGCAUUCUAUGGUUAAAUGUUUUAGGUUCUUGCAGGAACCAGAAACUGAGAAUUAACAUGUGAGUGGGUGCAUAUUGUAGUAAAAACUAGGGCCCCUGUUUGUCGGAUAUAAUACAAAUUGCAGUCAGCAGUGGCUUAAAAUAGUUGAAAGAUGAUCUUAUGUGUUCCAUAUUU